CUGUAUUUCCAGGUUAUUUUUCUACAUGGACUGGGUGAUUCUGGCGAUGGUUGGUCAGAUGUAUUCGCUCAUGAAAUCCGCCACGACAAUAUCAAAUAUGUAUGCCCCAGUAGCGCUUCGCGUCCAGUUACGUUGAACAUGGGUAUGCGAAUGCCAGCUUGGUUCGAUUUAUUUGGGUUGGAUGCUAGUGCUCGUGAAGACACUGAAGGAAUUGCUCAAGCCACGCGACUUGUACAUGGAAUGAUUGACUCUGAGGUUUCAACAGGAAUACCAUCAGAGAAAAUCAUCUUAGGAGGAUUCUCCAUGGGUGGAGCAUUGGCACUGUACGCUGGUCUUACAUAUCCACAUAAACUUGGUGGUAUCAUCGGCCUGAGCUCUUUUCUUAUUCAACGCGAUAAAUUACCCGGAAAUCAUACAGCGAACAAAUCCACGCCUAUCUUCUUAGGACAUGGUUCAAACGAUUUCCUCGUCCCACUAACAUUCGGUCAACUUACUGAAGGCCUUCUCAAAGCGUUCAAUCCGAACGUAAAACUGACUGUCUACAAUGGAAUGGGUCAUAGUAGCUGCCCUGAGGUUGAUUUUAAAUUUUCUUCAGUUCCUGCUGAUGUUUUUUUUCGUACUAAGUAUCCGUACAGAUUAGUUUUAAAGGUUAUUGUAUAG